AUGACCAUCCUCUGUGAAAGCUGCAACAAACCCAUCAAGAGGACGGAGCACUGCAUCUUGAGAUGCCCUGCUGCUACUUCUGUAUCCAGAAAGGAGCUCGGGAUCCCAAAGCCCUUCAGGUCGACUAAAGGUGCAUCAAAAGCUCGCCGGGAUCUGAUUAAUGCUGAGUUGCAGACCCUGCGCUCCCUUCUGCCCAUCUCGGAGCAAGAGAAAGAGCGUCUCUCCUACCUUCAUACCAUGGCUCUGGUCUGCUUCCACAUACGAGAGACUCAACUUUUUCCUCCAGACUCCUUUGAUACCAUGGGACCAGUCCCUCCUCUUGCCUCUGCUGUAGCCCUGUUGCAUCCAGAACUGUUGCUUUCGCUUCCAGGGUUCAUCUUGGCUCUCACUGGAAAUGGCAAACUGGCCUAUGUCUCGGAGAAUGUGUCCCACUUCCUUGGUUUUUCUGUGGUUGAACUUCUAGCUCAUGGAGACUCCAUCUAUGACCUCUUGAGCAGCUCAGCAAGCAAAGUCAUGCAAGAGAAGCUCAGCUUUGCCCAGCAGCAUCCAGGCACCGAAAUUGAGUUCAUUACUGAAAUGUGCACCUCAAGAGCUUUCCGGAUAAAGUACAGAAAGAGCCGCUCCAUGCUCAUGCGAGGCAGAUUCCUUAUAUCUGAAACACAGUUGAGCCUCUCCCCUCCCACAUUGACUUUCAUUGCUUUCUGCACUCCGGUUGCACAUACAUUUGAUGAUGAGGACAAUCCUUCCCAGAACUUCUCAUUCCAGAGCGAGCACACACUGGAUAUGAAGAUUGCAGAGAUCAUGAAGAAUGUUGUCUAUCAUCUUGGUUACAAGAAGGAAGAAUUGAUUGGCCAGUCAUGGUACAAUCUCCUACAUCCUGAAGAUGCUGGAAGAGCUGCAGAGAUGCACAGGACCCUGAUGCAUUGUGCGGGGAAAUGCACUCAGUCGGUGGUAGUCCGCCUCCUCUGCAAAGACCAAAACUGGGCCUGGGUGCAAGUGGUUGCAUCAAGAGAGAAUGGACAAACUGGAGAACUGAUUACAUGUACCAGCUGCAUCCUCAGAGAAGAAGAAGCCCUCCAUAUCAAAAGCCAAGAUCUUCAGUAUGGAAUGGUUUCUCAACCCGCUUCAAACCAAAGAUAUUAUUAUGGAGAAGUACAGAACCAGACACAAGUAAAGGAAGGCAUCCUCUUCCCACAGGAAAGAGCAAGAAUAAGGGAUGGGAUCCUCAGGUUUAAUCCCUCCCAAUUUCCUGAAGUCCCUGCGGAGAGGAUGGCCAUCGCUUCUUUUGAGCCUUUGUUUCCAACCAACUUGCCUAGCAUGGCUGAUGCAGGCAGCCUACAUUCCUCCCAUGAAACUGGAUGUCCCUUCUUCCCUGAUGGUCUCUCCUGUACAGAACAAGGAGACGGACAGAAGUCUUUGAGUCCUUCUGCUUUCUGUUCCCCCGAAAGUUCAUUUUCUCCCGACAGCAGUUCUUCAAUAGACCUUUCUCCACUAGUUGAAAGAGGACCAUCUUUGGGAACCUUCUCGGAAAUGGACACAAGUCCUGAGCAAGACAAAUGGGCCAUCAGUGUUUUGGCUAAACAAAUCCAUUCUCUGGCUGAAAUCGUCUCUCAGUAUACAAAGGAAAGACCUCAGCAACCACCUGACAUUGCUCUGUGGCCUGGGCAGCCAGCUGACCAUACUCACAUGGCACCUAGACAGAGCUGGGGAAAGGAUGGAGCUCUAGAUGAAUUCUCUAUGGAUGAAGAAGUCAUCACCAGUAUCUUAAGCAACCUCCUACACCAUGACAGCUUGAAUCAAUCCACUUCUGUGUCAGGCCCAGAAGGCAAUUUUCACAUCUCAAACCCUGAAUCAGAACUUCCUUUACUUCCAGCACCUCAAACAGAAGCCACCCUUUGCUUUGACCAGUGUUCCUUCAUGCCACCUUUUGCUUCCUCGGCAUCAGCUGGUUCACAUGUACCUGAUUCCCAGUGGGAUAGAGCAAUGAAUGCUGAACUUGAGCAAGGGACAUCAGACUGGCCACCUUUUAGAUGUCUUUUAGAUGUCUUCCAGUCUGAUGUCCCUGUGGAGAGAAGGAAACUGAAGGAAACCGAAGACUUGGCUAUGGGACCAGGCGUUCGACCAGUGAAUAGCGGCAAGUGGAAAGAAGACUUAGGCAACUUGUGA